AUGGGUCUGCAGGCAGCUGUGAGGCUUAUUUUCUCGGUGGCGUGCAUCGUCUCUGCAGCCUCCGCUUGCAUCAGCUGCGAUCCACGAGUCAUCUGCUCGGAACCCGACCAGAUCGUCUGCAGCAAAGAUUGCUCCAAGGUGAUGAAAUGUGGAGGCGAUGAUCAGGAGGGCUAUUUUCCAGUAGCCAUAAUGAAAUGCGCUGUGGAUGACGAUAUGAAAUGUAGCGCAACGAAAAAGGCUUGCGUGCCAGCUGAAGAGUCGAGAUGUGUUCCCCGCAGCGAAGACGAGCGCUUGUUCAUAUGUCGCGGCGAGGGGAACUUCCCCGACCCGUACAACUGCCAGAAGUACCACAUGUGUCCCGGAGAAGGCGAGAUUUCUCAACCUGCGUCAUGCAGGGGAAACUCUGCUUACAAUUCUCUCAAAAACGAUUGCAGCCUGAAAAUAUCGGAUCGCUUCUGUACUGAAGGACCCAUCAAAUCUUGUGGUCAACCAGGCCAAAUGGGCAUCGUCGAAGAGAAUCCAGCCAUGUACUACGUGUGCAGAAUGCACGGAGACGAACUCGUCCCUGAGGUGUACGGAUGCCCCGAGGACACCAUCUUCGACCUCAGUCUUAAGAGAUGUGUUGAGACUGAAGAGGACUAAGUUAUCUUCGAGGAGGCCUAAGCACCGUGGUGCCGACUACAUCUGCAGUAAAAUUCUAUUUUUGAUCGAGUUCAGCUUCUUUGAUUCUGGCUAAAUUCAGCAUCCAAUUCGAUUCUGUUCUCUGCUCUUAAAUUUCGCUGAAUUCAUGAUAUAUGUUUUGCUUUAAUUCUUCAAGUAAAGUAAUGUACACUCAAUAAUUUGGUGAAGA